AUGUCCCCUAAUACUGCUCAGGACAUUGAUGAAGAAAGGUCUGAGGAAGAAGAUGACACGUUGGUCAAUCUUGUGAAAACAAGUAUAGCAAAUAGACUGAGAAAAAGGAAGAGUAUUGCUGAGAUAAGAACAGAUAGGAAAGAGAAAAGGGUUGCUGACAUCUCCUUUGAAAAUAGAAAGGAUGUAAAGAAGUCUUCAAACAGAAUUGCUGCUGAGCACCUAGACAAAUGGAGGUUUGUCACUCAAAGAAGGGUUGCAGUUGAAAGAGAAUUGGGGAAAGAAACUGUUGAAGUGAAGGAAGUAAUGGAGCUAAUCAAGGCAGAUGGUCUUAUGAAAACUGUGACUGCUCUGCCUCAAUGCUAUAAGGGGCUAGUCAAAGAAUUCAUUGUAAACAUUCCUGAGGAGAGUUAUGAGCUCUUCAAAGUGGUUGUUAGGGGUAAGUGUGUAGAACUUUCACCAACCAUCAUCAACAGGUUCCUAGGGAGAGGAACUAAUGGAGGGGUAGAUCUAGAGACAACAGAUAAUGAGAUCUGUAGGAUGAUCACAGCUGGCCAGGUUAAGGAAUGGCCUAGUAGGAAACACCUAUCAGCUGGCAAACUAACUAUCAAACAUGCCUCCACCAAUGCUGUAAAGUUGCCCAUUGCAUUCCCUUCCAUCAUCUGUGGCAUCAUCCUGAGUCAACAACCAGGAAUCCUAAGUGCUAGUGAUAUUCCAAGAAGGAGGAAGACCCCUCUAUCAAUUCACUAUAAGCUUUUUGAGGGUAGUCAUGUCAAUGAUGUUGUCAUGACAUCUGCCAGAAGGGAACCUGCAUCUCAAGGGAACCUAAUUGACCAACUAAGAGAAACCUGCAGGGAAUUGGAGAAUGGUAUAAAUAUGGCCAAAGCAAGAAAAGAAGCUCUGGAAGCUCUUAUUUAUAGCCUGGAAAACGAGGAGAUAGACAAAGUUGGUAAGGACUCAGAUGCAAAAGCAUAG